UGUUCUCAAAUUAGAAACAAUAAAAUGGCAACAUCGGAGGAUAGUGAUGUUGCCAUGGUGCUUAGGAGAGGACCUUUAGAGAAGACACCAAUAAGAGAUGCAUGCAGUAACUCAGAGUGCAUCGCCAUGGUUACAUCCGAAAGGCGUGUCUACGUAUGUGACCUGACAGAUGCUAGCAAACAACACAAAUAUGUCAAGGUGAAUUUCACGACAUCGGAAGGCGAUGGCAAACCUGAUGUUGACAUCGUGAGCGUGUGUUGUGGUCGACAUCACUUCCUUGCUCUCUCUGCCGGUGGCAGGGUCUACAGCUGGGGCAAGAAUAACUACGGACAACUCGGAAAGAAGAAACAAAAACGCUACAAAGGGCAGGAAAGAGAAAAAGAAGCUUUAGAGCCAAGGUGAACCAGUUUGACCAUAAUUCAUUCAUUCAUUCAUUUAUUUAUUCAUAUUCCACGAUUUAUUCAAG